AUGGUGGCAACGGAAGACACCUCAAACACUGUACCCGGUCAAAUCGAGUCGCCUGGUACCUUCGGCAAGUUAAGGCAGACGCUUUCGUCUUCUUUACUCACGGCUCAAGACAAAGUAACAAAGCUCGGGCCUAGAUCUGUCCCAGUGGAGACUGCAACAGAGGCCACCCCCGCCCCACCACCCGCACAACCGCCACCCGUUCAGCCUGUUAAGACAGAACGAGAAGCCGGCAAAGCGCCAUCUCGCGCCGGAGCAUGUCGCGUGUGCUUGAAGGCGCUGAAACCAGGCGAGGUGUUCCACACAUGCAACGGCUGUCAGCAUCGUGUUUGUGAGGAUUGCUCUUCCUAUUCAAAACCAGCCAACGACGAUGAUGCGAAUUCUUGGCGUUGUUCAGUUUGCCGACGCAAGGCGGGUCCUAGGCUACCCCCAGCGGCCCAGAACAGCACAGACUCAUUAUUGGAAAUUCCCGUAUUAGAGGCACUACAGCGACGUCACUCGGAGGCCCGUCUAGGCAGCGGUGGGGCUUCCACCGGCCUCGCUCCACCACGUUCGCCGGAGCUCCGACGACACUCCGACGUUUCACCAGCCUCUUUGAAAGAGCUGGAAAAGUUAAAGGGCGGCGGUGGCAGCGUGACGCCGGACGUGGUGUCGAGGCGCGCGAGCACGGUGUCGCCGGCACGUCGCCGCUCAGUGCGUGCGCCGCACCAACACUCCUGUGACGAGGACCAGCCCGCGGCACCCCACCCCUCCGGGCACGCGUCCCCGCUUUCCGCGCCGCCGCCUAUGUCGCGCAGAGCAUCGGCUGUAGACGUGGUGAGCGGCGCGGGACCCCGUCGUAGCUCUUUUCGUGUGGAAGAACCAGUUGACACCCCACCACAAAUAACUGGGCUCAGCGUUGAAGAAGAACGUCCCAUACGUCGCCGUGGUAGUCAGCUGCCGGACAUAGCAGCGUUGCAGCAACGUACUGGCGCGUUGAGUGCGAUGGCGACUCUGGCGUCGCGUGGCUGCGAGGCGGCGGAGCCGAGCGCGAUGUCGGCCGCGGCGGCGGCUGCGGCGGCAGCGCGCCAGAUGUCCGUCGAUGCGGAGGCCAUCAAGAUCGUCAUACACGACGUCGAUGAUAGCACGGCGCGCCGCGUCACGCUCCGACGUGACCCUAACGACAAGGGACACCGGUCCCGAGGAUUCGGCAUGCGUGUUGUUGGUGGCAAGCCGGACGCCAGCGGACGCCGGGAGGCUAUUAUCGUUUGGACUGUGCCUGGCGGACCGGCUGACCUCGCUGGGCUGCAGCAGGGUGAUAAGGUUCUGGAAUGGGGCGGAGUUCCGCUGACGGAACGCAGUUUCGAGGAGGUGUGCGCGGUGCUGGAGCGUGGCGGCGACACCGUGGAGCUGCUGGUGGAGCCCGCGCCGCAGCUGGACGACGCGCCCACCGUGCCCGCGCACCACGCCGCACACCACCACCACCACGCUCUCCACGAACCGGAUACUGACAAAUCGCCAUCGUCGCCAACCCGUCGGAAAUUGCCGAAAACCCCGGAACAAGAACGCAACGAGCGUGUUCGGGAGCGUCCGACAGCGCGCGCUCAGCUCCAGGUGUGGUUCGAGAGCGAACUGCGCAAACUGGUGGUUGUCCUGAUCGCUGCCGACGACUUACCACCUCGUGACCACACCCUCGGCUACGGAGACGAGCCCGAGGCUUUCGCGCGAAUUCGUCUAUUGCCAUCACUGGAGAGCUGUCCGCCAGUUGAAACUGACCCUGCAUCAGCAUCGUGCAGUCCAGUUUGGAACGCAACACUCGGAUUUGGUGGAUUGACGGCCGAUCUACUGGCUGGUCGCGCGCUCGAACUUACACUUUGGGAUGCCUGUCCCGGCAUCGACCCCGUUCUCAUUGGAGAAUGUACUAUGGAGCUGGAGAAGGCGUUUGCGGAAGAGCGUGCUGUAUGGUGGACAUUGGAGGAGCGGGGCACGCGGUCGGCUAACGCAUCGCCGCGCGGAUCACUCGCAGGUGCGCGUGCCCUUCGUCGCGGAGACUUCGCCUCGCAGCGUUCCAUCUCCGAUGACGUAGACUCAAUUGGCGAGUGCGCGUCCUUGCUACAUCCUGACCAUGCAUGGGUAGCGGGCUCAAGACGAGGCUCUUCGCAAUCUGAAACACUCGAAGUUGAAGUCUAUCAGCUGGGGAAGGACUUCUCUCGUUCACUGCCUGGAUCUCGUCGCUCUUCAUUCCAGCAACAAGAUAAAGACGGUGCUGAGAGUGUCGUAAGUGGGUCGCGGCGCAACGAGCGUCGACGUUCGUCGUGCGUACGCCGCGACCCCGACGAUAUCCUGCGCUCGCUGCGCGCCGUCAAGGGCGAGCUCGGCCGCACGCUUUCGCUUUCAGGGUCUACGGCUAAGCGCACGGCGACGGGACGCAAGGGCAGCAUGUGGGCGGCGGUGCCCCUGGCGGCGGGCGCGCUGGCGCUGGGCGACGCUGACGACGAAGUGCCGCUGGGCCCCGGACAACUGCCGCCGCGCAACGCUUCACUGCCGCCUCUGCAUGCCGAGAUCAACAUCAGCAUCAUCAUGAUCAAGGGGCAGCUCGAACUCGAGGUAUCUCACGCCCGCCGAGUGUACGGUGUUAACGGCGAAGUGCCUGAUUCAUACGUGAAGUGCUACCUGCGUGACGGAGACAAAUGGCUACACAAGCGGAAAACUCGUGUCAUUCGCCGCACCACGGAGCCGCACUUCAAGCAGACGUUGAAAUACCAGGCUAGCGAAGCCCUAGGCCGUACACUGGUGGUAAUGCUAUGGCAGCGUUGCGGCGGAUUCGAGCACAAUCUUGCGCUGGGCGGCGCUGAGAUCUGCCUCGACAAGCUAACCCUCCCGCAGCGUACCUACGGCUGGUACCCGCUGUUCGCAGCCACGUCGUUUGUCGCCGACGAGUCGCCCGACUGA